UUUAACUCAAAUAAUACACAUCUGAGGAGGUGCAAUGUGGAAAUAUGUUCUACUGAUAGGACUGAUGUCCUUUCUGGGUCAGGAAUCUCUGGCCUCGGACUACUUUUCAUCUGUUACUGGUCUUGAGGAACUUCUGCAUACGGAGGACUAUCUCACAAAGGAACUAAGGUCCAAGGUCAAUGGAAUUAGGAUUUCUCUGCAACAAUUAGAGGGCGAGCUGUCCUCUAUCGAAAAGGAGCACUCUAUAGCGGCGACGGAUUCGGAGAACUACCUGACCAAUCCGGUGAAUGUGUACCGCCUGAUGAAGCGACUCCACACGGACUGGUCUCUGAUGGAGGGUCGAGUUCAGCUGAUGGCUGAGGACAUGAAUUUCAAUGCAACCAGGGAGUACGGACUGAGCUUUCCCAGCCAGGAGGACGUGGAGGGCGCAGCUCUGGCCCUCGUCCGCCUGCAGAGCACCUACAAAUUGGACGUGGCCCAGGUGGCCGCCGGCAUCCUGAAUGGCGUCAAAUACGGUUCGGACAUGAGCUGGCAGGAUUGCUUCGAGCUGGGUCAACAACUCUUUGAAAUGGAGGACUACAACAACACCAAGGUCUGGUUGCGGGAGUCGAUGGAACGCUUGCGACGUCACAGCAGCUCCGCCCAUGCCCACGCCCACUCGCCGCCCACCAGCGGACCGGAUACCGUUACCCUCAACAAAAUGGAGGCGACGGCCAAGAGUUUGUUCCAAUUGGGCGACUUUGAUACGGCUUACGAACUGAGCCAACGGGUGCUCCAAUUCGAUCCAAAACGCAUCAGAAAUUGGCACCUGGGCGACAAGGGAGCUGCCCCUCCAGUGGAAAACGAUGACGUUGGUCUACCUAAGCACUCGGAUUCAUAUAACCUAUCGGAGGAGUUCGCCCAGUAUGAAAAGGUGUGUCGCGGGGAGGUCAAUCCCACUCCCCGCCAGGAAUUGCGCUGUCGCUAUAGCCAAGGACAUCAUCCGUACCGCCUUCUGGUGCCACUCAAGCUGGAGGAGCACAGCCUGGAUCCCUAUGUGGUGACCUUCCACGACAUGCUGAAUCCCCAAAAGAUUGCCCACCUUCGGGAAAUGGCUGUGCCGAGGAUGCGUCGCUCUACAGUGAAUUCCCUACCCGGAGGACAGAACAAAAAGUCUUCCUUUAGGGUGAGCAAAAAUGCCUGGCUGGAGUACGAGUCUCAUCCGACGAUGGUGGGAAUGCUCCAGGAUCUGAAAGAUGCCACAGGACUCGAUACCACCUUCUGUGAGCAGCUGCAAGUGGCCAACUACGGCGUGGGAGGGCACUACGAACCGCAUUGGGACUUUUUCCGGGACCCCAGUCAUUAUCCUGCGGAGGAAGGCAACCGCAUUGCCACUGCCAUUUUUUACCUUUCCGAUGUCGAACAGGGCGGUGCCACCGCUUUCCCCUUCCUAGACAUCGUCGUUAAGCCCCAGCUGGGCAAUGUCCUUUUUUGGUACAAUCUGCAUCGCUCCCUGGACAUGGACUACCGCACCAAGCAUGCCGGAUGUCCAGUGCUCAAGGGCAGCAAGUGGAUUGGCAACGUUUGGAUACACGAGGUGACGCAGACCUUUGCCCGCCCCUGCGAUGUUUUCCGGGAUCACGAGGUUUCGCUGGGCUACGAUAUAAUCAAAUAA